AUGAGCACCGUCGAGGAUCCAGUUCUUGCCAAACCGGUCGACCUCUGCUGCCUCAAAGGUUCCAUUCACUCGGGAGAGCCCGCAGGGAAGGCCGUGCAGAUUGGCGGAGUGAACACCUAUGUAGCCACACCUCACGCAAUGGUGUCAAAUGACAAUGUGCUAUUGUUCUUCCCUGAUGCCUUCGGCUUGCAAAUCAGCAACUUUUUGACAAUGGAUGCAUUUGCCGCCUGUGGGGAAGGAGAGGCUUACGCCCCAGAUCUAGGACCCUAUCUGGAAGCAUUCUCUGAACCCCUUGAGUGA